AGGCACCGGGCUGCUGGCCCGGGCACCGCCACCUGGCUGCCGGCGCUUUUUAUCCCUGCGGGGGGCUGCGAGACCUGGUCGCCGCGACAGACUCUGAGCAGGGAAAGUGGGGGUACGACCCCAGGCUCACGCGGCCCCGCCCCCGCAGCCAGCCGGCCUGCCGCAGCCGGGGGCCCGAGCUCCGCCCUCCACCCGCCCGCCCGCCGGGCUGCCUCCUCCCUCCUCCUCGCUCGCUCCCUCCCCCGGGCGGGCUCGGCGCUGACUCCGCCGCACGCUGCAGCCGCGGCUGGAAGAUGGCGGGGAACGACUGCAGCGCGCUGCUGGAUGAAGAGCUCUCCUCCUUCUUCCUCAACUAUCUCUCUGACACGCAGGGUGGGGAAUCCGGGGAGGAACAGCUGUGUGCUGACCUGCCAGAGCUCGACCUCUCCCAGCUGGACACCAGUGACUUUGACUCAGCCGCGUGCUUCGGGGAGCUGCAGUGGUGCCCGGAGACCUCAGAGACAGAGCCCAGCCAGUACAGCCCUGAUGACGCCGAGCUCUUCCAGAUUGAUAGUGAGAAUGAAGCUCUCUUGGCUGCGCUCACCAAGACCCUGGAUGACAUCCCCGAAGAUGAUGUGGGGCUGGCUGCCUUCCCGGGGCUGGAUGAAGGAGACACACCAUCCUGUGACCCAGCUUCACCUGCCCCCUUAUCUGCGCCCCCCAGCCCCGCCCUGGAGAGGCUUCUGUCCCCAGUGUCUGAAGUGGAUGAGCUUUCUAUGCUGCAGAAGCUCCUCCUGACCACAUCCUCCCCAACAGCAAGCUCUGACGCUCUGAAGGAGGAGGCCACCUGGUCCCAGGCCAGCCUCAGGUCCAGAAGCCAGCGGCCUUGUGUCAAGGCGGAUGGCAUCCAGGACAAGAAGAUCCCCAUGCCGCGGUCUCAGAGUCGGCCUUGUACAGAACUGCAUAAGCACCUCACCUCGGUGCUGCCCUGCCCCAAAGUGAAAACUCCAACCCCACGCCCAAGUACUCAGCUCCUCUCCAAGGAGGAUGAGGAGGUGGGGGAGGAUUGCCCGAGCCCCUGGCCAGCUCCAGCCUCUCCCCAAGACUCCCUAGCACAGGACAGGGCUAGCCCCAGCUGUGCCCAGGCUCCCCAGGAGGAUGUGAGGUCCAUGGUACAACUCAUUCGCUACAUGCACACCUACUGCCUGCCCCAGAGGAAGCUGCCCCAAUGGGCCCCAGAGCUGGUCCCCCAGCCCUGCAGCAGCCCCUCCAGGCAGGUCCCACCCCGGUCCCGGCAUCCCCCCAAAGCCACCUGGACUGAGUUCUCUAUCCUAAGGGAACUUCUGGCUCAAGAUGUCCUCUGUGAUGUCAGCAAGCCCUACCGCCUGGCCACGCCUGUCUAUGCUUCCCUCACACCCCAGUCCAGGCCCAAGCCCCCCAAAGACAGUCAGCCCUCCCCUGCCCACUCUACCAUGGCAGAAGAGGUGAGAAUCACAGCUUCCCCUAAGAGCACUGGGCCUAGACCCAGCCUGCGUCCUCUGAGGCUGGAGGUGAAGCGGGAUGUCAGUCAACCUACCAGGCAAAAGCAGGAGGAAGAUGAGGAAGAAGAAGAAGAAGAAGAAGAAGAAGAAGAAGAAGAGGAGGAGGAGGAAGAAAAAGAGGAGGAGGAAGAGGAGUGGGGCAGGAAGAGACCAGGCCGUGGCCUGCCAUGGACCAAACUAGGGAGGAAACUGGACAGCUCUGUGUGCCCCGUGCGGCGUUCCAGGAGACUGAAUCCAGAGCUGGGCCCCUGGCUAACAUACACUGAUGAGCCCCUAGGUGCUCUGCCUUCGAUGUGCCUGGCUACAGAGACCCACAACCUGGAGGAGGAACUGGGCAGCCUCACAGAUGAUAGUCAAGACCAGCAGCUCCCCCAGGGAUCCCAGAUCCCAGUCCUGGAAAGCCCCUGUGAGAGUGGGUGUGGGGACACAGAUGAGGACCCAAGCUGCCCACGGCCCCCUUCCAGAGACUCCCCCAGGUGCCUCAUGCUGGCCUUGUCACAAAGCGACCCUCUUGGCAAGAAGAGCUAUGAGGAGUCCUUGACGGUGGAGCUUUGUGGCACGGCAGGACUCACUCCACCCACCACACCUCCAUAUAAGCCCAUGGAGGAGGACCCCUUCAAGCCGGACACCAAGCACAGCCCAGGCCAAGACACAGCUCCCAGCCUCCCCUCCCCUGAGGCUCUUCAGCUCCCAGCCACCCCAGGGGCCUCCCACAAGCUGCCCAAGAGGCACCCUGAGCGAAGUGAGCUCCUGUCCCAUCUGCAGCAUGCCACGGCCCAGCCAGUGUCCCAGGCUGGGCAGAAGCGUCCCUUCUCCUGCUCCUUUGGAGACCAUGAUUACUGCCAGGUGCUCAGGCCAGAGGCUGCCCUGCAGAGGAAGGUGCUGCGGUCCUGGGAGCCAGUUGGGGUCCAUCUUGAUGACUGGCCCCAGCAGGGUGCCUCCUUGCCGACUGAAACAAAGACCCCUAGGAGGGAGGCAGAGCAGAACUGUGACUCUACCCCUAAGGACAGCAUGCAGCUGAGAGACCAUGAGAUCCGUGCCAGCCUCACAAAGCACUUUGGGCUGCUGGAGACCGCUCUGGAGGACGAAGACCUGGCUUCGUGUAAAAGCCCCGAGUACGACACCGUGUUUGAGGACGACAGCAGCAGCAGUGGCGAGAGCAGCUUCCUGCUGGAGGAGGAAGAGGAGGGCAGGGAGGAGGAGGAUGAAGGAGAGGACUCAGGGGUCAGCCCUCCCUGCUCUGACCACUGCCCCUACCAGAGCCCACCCAGUAAGGCCAGCCGGCAGCUCUGUUCCCGCAGCCGCUCCAGUUCUGGUUCCUCGUCCUGUAGCUCCUGGUCACCAGCCACCCGGAAGAGCUUCAGACGUGAGAGCAGAGGUCCCUGUUCAGACGGAACUCCACGUGCCCGGCAUGCCAGGAAGCGGCAGGAAAAGGCCAUCGGCGAAGGCCGUGUGGUGUACAUUCGAAAUCUCUCCAGUGACAUGAGUUCUCGGGAACUGAAGAAGCGCUUUGAGGUGUUCGGCGAGAUCGUAGAGUGCCAGGUGCUGACGAGAAGUAAGAGAGGUGAGAAGCAUGGCGUCAUCACCUUCCGGUGUUCGGAGCAUGCUGCCCUGUCCCUGAGGAACGGCGCAACCCUGAGGAAGCGCAACGAGCCCUCCUUCCACCUGAGCUAUGGAGGGCUCCGGCACUUCCGCUGGCCCAGAUACACUGACUACGAUCCCACAUCAGAAGAGGCCCUUCCCUCAUCCGGGAAAAGCAAGUAUGAAGCCAUGGAUUUUGACAGCUUACUGAAAGAGGCCCAGCAGAGCCUGCAUUGAUAUCAGCCUUAACCUUCGAGGAAUACCUCAAUACCUCAGACAAGGCCCUCCAAUAUGUUUACGUUUUCAAAGAAAUAAGUAUAUGAGAAGGAGAGCGAGCCAAUGAGCGAGCGUGAGAGAACACACAUUGAGAGAGAGAGAGACUUGAAUCUGCUGUUGUUUCCUUUUAAAAACAAAUCAAUGUUUACAUUGAACAAAGCUGCUUCCGUCCGUGAGUUUCCAUGGCGUUGAUGUUCCACUGCCACAUUAGUGCCCUCGCUUCCAGCGGAUCGUCCUGGGUGCACCUCCAAGUGCUGUCAAUCAUCCUCUGCCCGUCCUGCCCGACUGACUUCCUUCUGUAGACUUGAGCUAUGUCCCCCAUAACAUCUUCUGUCUGUAGCGUGUGAUGAUGAAAUUGUUACUUGUGAGUAGAAUCAGGAUUAGAAACUCAUUUUUAAUUGAAGAAAAAAAAAGUAUAUCCUUAAAACAAAUGUAUUUAUGGCUCAGAUAUACUGUGCCUGGGGUUAUCGUAUUGCUUCCUCGGUUGUUUAACUAUGCACUGUCAUGAGGUGUUUGCUACUGAGCUGCGCUGCUCCCCUGGCCGUGUAGUCCUAGAGGUGCUGGGUGGCCACUAUGUCCGCAGGAAAAAUUGGCUUGCAGUCACAAGUAGGAAGAGUGGAGAGAGGUAGCCAAGUAUACUCUACCGAGCCCUGGUUGGUUUCUUUUAUUUUGAGUGAGUUCCACUCAAGUUGUGAUGAGAAUCCCUUCCCCCUGUCCGACUCACACUUGGAGAGUGCCUGUCUGGAGAGCCCAGAGCCGUGAAUGUCUGUAAGGAAAGUGGAACAAGCUGCAUUAGGCCCAUUCCCCAGGGAGAGAGGACAGUGCCCUGUGAGGGGAAGUACCUUGCCCAGGGUCCCAGGUCCCAUGGCCAGGGAGCAUGCAGAGCAGUGACCCACACCAAGCCUUCUGACUCCGGGCUCCAGCCUCCUGCAGCAGUUAGCAUAAAGAUGCAAAAGUCAGAGGCUGGAAGAGUGGAGUUAGCUGAGUUGAGCAGCCUAGCAGCUUAUUUGAGAAUUAGGUCAACUGUUGACUCAUCAGCAUUAAGACCAUCCUCUAUCCUGCUGCUGUCCUUACUGUCCCUCCUCUGUAAAGGUACAGAGUAGGGGGUGGGCAAGGCACUCCCAUGGAGCGUUCAUGGUGGGCUCCUCUUCAAACCGUUAUGACUGCUGUCAAAGUCAUAUCCAGUGUGACAUCCUCUGGGCCCCUGGGGGCCCUUCAUGAGGGAGAACCAGCUAGGCAGAGUAUCCAUUCUAAUGCUUCAUUAUAUAUCAAUUAGUUCCUCCUUGAUCUUGUGACAUUUCUUUCUUUCAUUUCCCCCCCCAAUGUUCUGCCAAAUAAGAAAGUUUGAAGGUAGAUAACUCAUCAAACUAACCAAACUAAAUUAAUCUGCUGCUAAUGCCAGGCUUAUUCCUUUGAAAAUUUGUGGGGUUUUUUUGUUUGUUUGUUUUAUUUUUUUGAUUUUCAAAUACCUCAGUAAAGAAAGUGAAGCCUGAUCUUAUACUUGGUAUUGGGAAAACUCUCCACCCAUAGAUAGGGCUGGAAGAGACUAGCUUUAGCAGAACUAGGGAAACAGGAUCUGGGUGUCAAAUCUGUUGGCCUCCCUAAACCCCAGUUUCCUUUUCUGUGAAAUAGACUGAGGGGCACAAUUAGGCAGCAGAUGUCCUAGCUUCUGCUUAGGCAGUGUCUAGUCACAGUCGUGAUUCCCACACCUUUGGUCAGUGCAGACAUACUUAAUUGAUCAUAACACUAAUUUUUUUUAGCCUGGUUGUGCAAUUAGAAUCUUCAACAGUGCUCUCUCUGGUCAGGCAUUACUAAUUGGUUGAUGUUUCAUUUAUCUGACAUCCUGAUCUAGUGGUAGUCUUUGGAAAACUACCAUUGUAGAGCCAUAUGCUGGCUGGUUUUUAUGCUGACCCAUCCUUGUCCUGACUUGAUCUCUGAGGGGAGAUAUGCCGGGAGAUAUGCCCUUGAAGCCAUUACUUGGCAGAAGACUUCCCAAUACUGUUGCAAAACACAAGAAUAUAGAGAGGGGAAGGUGAAAUAGCAAACAGGAAUAUAAUUGGAGAAGGGGUGGCUCCUAAGGAUAGAUACAAGAAGGGACUUUUCACAGCACAGACCCAAACAUUCCACACUCCUUUAUAGUUGUUCAUUGCCCAGCAUAUGAUGGGCACAUGGAAAAUGGGUAUAGAAUGGAACCAAAUUAAAGUUCUUCAGUUGCAUCCACUAAAACUUGGGCUCUAAUCAAGGGAGAAAGUGAGUGUUUACUGAAAUUGCCUGAUGGGAGAGGGACUAGAUUUAAUCUGAAGAGCCAUUUGAAUUUUGAUUCCACCAAGAACUUCUCUUGUGGUUUCUUGAGUCCCUUCUUUCUGGACCUCAGAGUGUAGGAGUUGUCUAGAAAACCCUGGGCUCUUCCUAUUUGCUUCCACAGUUAGACCUGGCCAGCUGUUGGUUGCUGGGGUAAAAGAACAAAUUCUUAGCAAACAGUUAAGUCUCUCUUUCUCCAGCCAGGGUUAACUGAGCUACUUAGUCGGUUCCUUCAAAGUCACUUAGAGGUCGGCUCUAGAGCAGAGCGGAGCCUUGAACCUGGCACUGAUGCCCGAUAUACCACAGGUCAAUGCUGGGAGCUGAUGCCCGCCAAGAGUUUCUAGUAUUCUCCACUCACCCUCUCAUAAAACCAGGCUCCCAGCUCUGCAGAUGACCAGCCCUGUAGAUGAUCUCUCUCUGGAAGAUUCAUUCGGUGCUGCAUAUAAUUUACCAAGGAGAUGGUCAGGCCCCCUCCGAGACCAUGAGACCAUCUUGGUCUCUUUCCCAUCGAAUCAAGGAGGAACCCAGAGGGAGCAGCUGCUACUUACUGGCAACCACCUCACUGUAGCUGUCCUAAUGCGUCUCAAUGAUGUUUACGUGUGAUCGCCAUUCAGGCUCCGUGUCAUCUCUGUGCUGUGCUGUUAUUUUUCUAGAAAUGUCUAAUCCAACCACUAAGUGGAAUUCUUCCAUCUCCUUCCUCGGUCAGUACAAGGCUGAACCACAGUCCUAUGGAGUGGGGGUGGGGCAUGACUCUGGUUGCUGAAGGAGAAUGCAUCAACUAGGUGAUGUGAGAAGAAGGAAUGCAGCUAAGGUCCCUACUCCCAUCCCCCUGACACGCAUUGUGGCUCCCACUAGAAAAAUGCUUUGAGUCAGGAAGUGCCCAUCCUAUGCCUGGGUUUAUCUGUUGAUCUUGUAUCAUCUAAUGGGUAGCAAGCCUCCAGGGGUGGGAGGAGCGCUCCGGGCCAGCUGCAAAGACUUAACCCUCAAAUCCUAAUGUGGUAAGACUUUUACAGUAAGAUGUCUUUUGUGACCUCAAGCCUUCGAGGUCAGUGUUUUGGGGGAAGAUGUGAGGCCACUGCCGAGGCCACUGUGCAGGUAGUAAAUGGAGAGAAAGUGCAGACAGCUCUUUGGGCAUGCGCAUGCACGGCCAGCUCUAGUCCGGGUCUGUCCCAGCCCUUGAGUUCAAUUCGCCUCUCAGCGGAUCCUGCUGCUGCAGAAGCAGGGCACCUCUCUCUGUACCUGGGUCACCCUAGAGGGUGUGUGAUGUGAUUCACUGAGGUCAAAAGUAUUUUUCUUGACAUUUGCUCUUCAGCGAUUGAGAUCAGCUUGAGAAAGCCAUAUCCCAGGAUCACGUGUGGAAAGGGAUUGGGUGUGUUGUCGUAAAUAGAGUGAACCUGUUGGUGUCAUUAGCCAAAGAAAAAGGGAUGCCUUCAUCCUUCCUACUGGGGCAGAAGGAAACGAACCAGUACUUAUGUGCAAUAUGUUGAUGCUAUUCUCCAAAUCCCUGAGGGUUUUGCACUCAGACGAGCUCCAGGGCUGUUUGAAGAGGCUGGGGAUACAGGGUAAGCGCAGGGAGAGCCUGGGAUAAAAACUUUCACGCGCAGAAAUGGCCUUGACUUAGAACAGAUGGGAGUGUGGGCGGGGCGCUAGCUGCUGGCCUGGACAUGCGGGACAUCCGGGAAGUAGCUAGUCAGACACUUGCACUAGUUAAUGAAAGCACUUUCAGAAACCUGACACUUCCGCCUUGUUCCACAUUCUCCUCUGGCAAAUAUGUGUACCCUUUAUCUGUGUGAGGUGCUGUCCUAAAGGCUGGGUGAGGGGAUUGGGACGGGGGCCAGUGUGAGAAAGAAAACGGCCAUCUUUCAAGGCAGUAGCAGCCUUGAGAGAGUCUGUACCUAGCCAGUCCUUGGCCGUCCUCUUCACUGGAAGCCCAAGAAACAGAAUGAUAAAGGUUUAUAUCUUGGUACCCACUUUUGUAAAGACAAAAAAAAAAAACAGCCUAGCCAAUUGCAACACUUGUGGCGCAAUCAUUUCACUCUAAGUUUCUUACUUGCUGUCUGACCUUUGGCCCCUGUUCCCUGAGCUAGCAAAUGAAGCUAUCCAGUGAUAACAGCAUUCUCAUCCUGGAGCCAGGGGGGCCCAGAGUUCCACUCUCUGGCUUAGCUCAGGGUAUGUAUUGGGGGCGGGGGUGAGGCACUUUCCACAAGGUCGUCAGCCUCCAACAGGGUGAGAUUCACAUAGUCCUGGCUGAGGUGCCUAACAUGAAGAGGCUAGCUUACCAGGACAGACCCAAGCCAUAGUUCCUUGUGGGGAUGGUAAGGAAUAAACCCCUCAUCGGGCUCGUUGAUAACUUCCAGUCUUGCGUUUUAGCCUUGUUGUCAUCCCCACCGAACAGCUUUUAAUCUGAAUGUUGUGACCACUUGGCCGUCUCUUGCUUGCUUGCAGACAAUACUAGCAAUACACUUGUUUCCCCAAACAGCUCAGCUUAGACAGUUUUCACACAUUGCUUUCCAGUGAUUGUAAAAACACAUGGGGCAACAGGAGGCAUGGAUCACACUGCAUAUGUUUAGGGCAGCUUUUGUUUUUUGAAUCUUUAAUGGUAUAGCAGCAGUGACCAAGCCUUUGGGAUUUGGGGAGACAGAUCUUCACGAAGCCAUUUCAUCAGGAUGCCUUGCACGUCAGAAGGAGUACGGACAUCCCAAUACCCAAAUGGAGGGGCUUACAACCUAUGAUUUUUGUAGAUGAUAUGUCUCUACCGUACAACAGCUCCUCUGAAAGGUAUUCAUGUGGCUCCAACCCCUCUGUGCCAUAUUAUUUUUUUUUUUGUCAAAGGAUUCUUCAAGGAAGCCUCAGCAAGCCUCCUUGCUCCCUUUCGCUGGCCUUGGGUAGUGUCCUUAUGAAGGGGAUUAGCCAGCACUUUGCCUUAUCAAUGUGUGGUCACCAGUCUAGUGGUCAAAGACUGGUGUCCACUGGCCACCAAGAUGGAAGGCAAAAUUAAGGUCUUUUGAUCAGUCACCAUGGCGGCCAACAGCAGCUUGGCAAUGAAACACAAUGAUACAAAUGAGUUGUCUUACUUGUUCAGUACCAACUCGGAACAUCAGCAACUACUUAGAUGCCUAUACAGUGUGGAAAAUGCACUGGUUUUCCUGUGGUAGAGGAGAUGGGGUUGAACCCUGUGUCCAGCUGUCCUGAGUGGUUUACUCUAACUGCAAUACUGGCAGCCAAGCUGCCAACCCUGUUAAGUGAACCUCUGCUAGGUAGCUUACAUGGUACCUUUGGGACAAACAAAGAAAUUGGGUAUGAGGAUUGGGGGAGAAGGGGCCCUGGCCAUGACCUUUGAUAUGGUCCACUGAAUAGCCAAACAGGUUUUUGUUCUUGUUCUUGUUCUUGUUUUUGUUUUAAUUUUUCUGUAUUUUGUAUUUUAAAAUCUUGUCAGGCGUUUUUGUGUUAGGAAUAAUAAGUCAUAAAUUAUUCCCACCUUGGUUUCUGAAGGGGUGAUCUGAUUCCAAUUGAAACAGGUUGGAAAUCUUAUGGGGAGCAUGGUCUGUGGAGUACAUGGGAUGGGGCAGUGGAGGGCUUGGGUUUCCAGGUGGUUGCUGGGGAAGAUGACCCCCACCCUCUGACAGUCUGCGAUGCUGUCAAUUACAGAGGUUCAUGCUUGCCUCCUUGGCUCCUGAGUCCUGUUAGCACGGCCUGAGCACAAGCUUCUAUGAGAAGCAGCUGCUGAGAUUGAAGACAAGACUCCCUAGCUCCCAAGCCCUAGUCAGGAGAUGCAGUCAAUAGCUAGCCUUAAUCGACUGGGCAAGGUAGUUCCUGUGCUCCCUCCCCGCAGUUCCAAAUCUUGGACUCAAAACCCUUUUCUCUUAGUAUGACCUAGUGUGACCAGCAGCCUAGAGAAUUUUGAGCAAUAGGGAGCCAGGGCUUUCCCUGGCUCUGUGACAGGGUCAAACCAGGGAAUGGCUAAACUUGAGAGGUUUUGUCAUACCCAGGGUUCUACUGUAGGGGGGCAUUAUGUAUUAGGGAGCUCAACAAGGUAACUGUAGCCUGGGGUAUGUGAAUGUAAGGUUGUGUUUGUGGGUGCGUGUGCGUGUGUGCGCGUGUGCGUGAGUGUGUGUGUGUUACAUUGAUGCAUUUCUUGAGAAAGGUGCAAGAACUUCACCUAUACAGUGGGACACAUCUGCUUUAUUAUUUAUAAAUAGAAGCUAAAAUUUAAUUUUUUAAAGGACACUGCUAAUGAUUGAAAAUCGAGUUUUUAGUUUUGCUAUUUUUUUUAAUUGGUAGAAGAUUUUUAUAUAUUUUUUUCCCAUUUCGUUGGGUUGUGUCCUUAUUUAUAUAAAUACUUUAUCCGUGAGCAGUGAGGAAGAAGACUUCUUUGCUCUUAAUUAUUGUGGUUGUCAUUGUCCCUAUUUUAUUUCCGGUGUGAUUUAUCUGUCUUACCUUCUAAAUGAGAAACUGUUUUCCUGUCUUUGUACAUUGUCAGAGUCUAUAGUUUCGUAGAUAAUUUAACCAAAUUGCUCUACGUAUUAUUAUUCUGUGACUAUAAAGUUCUAUUUUAACGUCUGUAAAUACUUCAGAACUGGUUUCUUUUCUCGGCCCCUGCUGGGAGCUAUUGUUUACAUCACAAAAGACUGUAGAAUCUCUAUGCUCAUGUACUGUAAAUAGUGACGUGAUCUGCUUAUAUAUAAACUGAACAAAUACACUAUGGAAAUUAAAAAACACC